AAGAGGAUCUUAAAGCAUCCGUGAUGGAAUUAAACUGGCUAGGUAGUCUUCCAUGGAUUCUCUUCAGUGUGUGUUCACCACUCACCACACCCAUCGUCAAAGUCCUCGGAUAUCGCUACACUCUUGUCGGGUCUAACCUUGUCUGCGCCAUUGGGCUCUUUGCCACCAGCUUCCCGCACCAGAUAUGGCCGAUGUAUCUCACGUACAGUCUGGUGUUCGGCGGAAGCACGAUUAUUUAUUAUACUGCCGGAUGUAUCUAUGUCACAGGUUACUUUGACCAGAAGUCCUGUACCGGUCCGGUGUCUUCCAUGGGAUUCUUUUAUGAGAUAGCUGUUCUGGUAUUUAGUCCCAUCAUCCAGGUGACUGCCGAUGCAUGGGGGUGGCGCUGGUCGGUUCGCCUCCUCUCUUCAUGCACACUUGUCUGUUCUGGGCUUCUUGUUAUAUUCAUCAGGCAACCUCCGUUAGAUCUCUCGGGACGGGUUAUCAAUCCAGUCACCAAUGAUGAAGAUCAAGGAAAAGAGGCAAUCGAUGUCCAUGAACCAUGCUUAGCGACCACGAAAGACACCGAGGCCAAUGAUGCGGUGACGACGUCGCGAGAGAGAUACAUCAAGAUGAUAUCGAUGCCAUCUUUCUGGGUCUUCGAGUUGAGCAUAAUGUUAUCGUUUACAGCGUUGUCGUUCAGCAACAUUAAUCUCGGCAGCUACCUCUACUCCGUCGGAAUCUCUACUGGAGUUACUGCGAUUUUACACUCGUCUUUGGCAGGAGGAGGGGUACUCGGGCGGUCCCUCGUCAUGUUUCUCUCCCAUAAACUACCCGUCCCCAUUUCAAGCAUCUAUCCAAUCAUCGCCAUCUUGAAUUGUUUCCUCUCCAUCCUCAUAUUAAUAACAUCCAGUUUACCGGUACUCUACAUCUAUUCCACAGCCGUAGGCUUUCUGCGUGCUCUGUAUUUCUCCCUGGCGACCGGACUUGCGGUGGAACUCUUUGGUAUCACGAAUGCGGCUCAGGGGUAUGUGGGACUGUUCUUUGCUUACGGCAUAGCCGGAGUACUUGCUGCCGUGUUACCAGGUAUAACACAUGGUCUUACUGGAUCUUAUACAGUCACGGUGAUUACUUGUGCAGUAUUCUGGGGUAUUUCCUUCCUUCUCUUUGCCGUUGUCUACCUCCUGUACCGCCGCCGACAAAAGAGGGGGUUAGAAGCUGUGAGAAUAUCAGCGAAAUCACAAUUACGUGUACACAGUGAUGAAAACUAUGCAACGAAGAGCCUAUAAAAGGGAACGUUGGAAACAAGAUAUACUUGGAGGCUAGGCAUGGCAAUGGGGAAAUGCAAGAUUUUAAAAAGAUUUAAAAACAUUAUUAAAAAAAUAAAGAUAUAGAUGUCGACAUGAAGGAGCUGAAGAAAUCAAGUUUAAUGGAUGGUGUUUAUUUCGAGUACAGCACCGGAGAGAUUACUAAGGUCCGCAAUGUUAUCAAGUUGGUUAUUAUUUAUAGCAGAUGUAUGAAAGAAACAUCUCAAAGAUGGUUUGUUGAAAAUCCAACAAAG